AUGUACACUUGCAAAGUUUUGACCAUGUGGUCUAUGGCCGCUGUCUUGGGCUGCCGGCUACUUGUCACCGCUCUUCCCCGUCUGGAUUAUAUCCAUGUGGUUGACAAGACGAUCCUCAUUGACAGCCAGGACUUCGAUGACGACGAUGCCUUUCUUUGGUUCCCGAACGGCUCUCCCGCCAUUCCAGAGGCGCCAGGAACCGACGUCGAUACCGAUGCUGGCUCGAAUCAGCAUGACGACACCGGCGACCACGUCUUAGAUGACACUGGCAUCGGAGCUGUCAGAGGCCCCGCAACUGUGUAUCCACAUGAUACAUUCCCAACAUCCAUUCUCCGAGACCAAAGUAAUGAUUUAUCAAGCAACACAAUACAGCCUUGCACAGUUACCAGCCCUGCUCUGCUCAAGCACCAGCCACGAAACGCGCUACCGGAGGUAGACGAAGAGGCCAUCCCUUCGAGCCUGAAGACCAUGGAGGCAUCAGGUCCACCAGUUGACGCAGGGUCACUUACACCGUCCUUGCCGUGCUCGGGCCUCAGUUCGUGCCCAAAGGGCUACAAGACCUACCUAUUGAUGGGGAUGUGUUGGUGUCGGCUUCCACCGGCCGAGGCUUGA